AUUCAGUUUGAACAGUUUGAUUAUGCAUUGUGUGAAAUAUAUUUAUUUAUUAUUGCACAAUAUUACAUUAUUUCGGUGAUACGCAUUAAUUAAAAUUUGUUUGGUGUAAUAUUAAUUAUUUAACUAAAAAUGGCUCAAAAUUUUCCCGGAGAUAUUCCAAAUUCUUCUAAGAGUAGUAUUAUUGCUGCCGGAUUGGGUCUUGCGGUUGUUGGAUUCACCGGUCGUUAUAUUUUAAGACGAAUGCCACAAUUGUCACAAAAAAUGACUGAGGCUAUGAAUGCUUUACCCAAAAUUGAUGCACAGACAUUGGCAAAUAGUAAAUAUUAUAAAGGUGGCUUCGAGCCAAAAAUGAAUAGAAAAGAAGCGAGUUUAAUAUUGGGUGUCUCGCCAACAGCAUCGAAGUUAAAAAUUAAAGAUCAAUUUAAAAAAGUAAUGAUAGCAAAUCAUCCGGAUCGAGGCGGUUCACCUUAUAUUGCUGCAAAAAUCAAUGAAGCUAAGGAUCUUCUAGAAAAAUGAAUUUUGUUAUUCCAAUUGAUCGUCGAAUUUAGGUAAUGUCCUUAUUUUUUUUUUGUUUUACCCCAUUGAAAUUUUUAUUGUGACAAAAGUUACAGAUUUUAAAGAAAUCAUUGAAAAUUACUUGUAAAUAAUCUAUAAAGUACAUUUUAAGUAAAA